CUCAGGAUGACCUCCUUCGUGAAUUACGCAUGUUUUCUGUUGCCUGUUGCUUUUCAGCUAAUGUUUCCUCUCCCCAGUGCAGCGUUCUCCUCCAGGAAGUGUGGUUCCAUCUACAAGGGCUUCGCCCAGUGCCUGAUGACCCUGGGGGACAGCCUGUCAGAGGGCACGCACAAAGACCACGACGCUCACGAGAUCCACUCCAUCUGCCGGUCUUGGGAUGAGUUCCACGACUGUGCCAACCUGGCGAUGGCAGGAUGCCCCGAGGAGGCGGCGUCCAUCUGGGAGUCGCUCCGCCAGGAGUCCAAGAAGAUGCAGUUCUCCGGAAACCUCUAUGACAUGUGCUCCAACCGCAACCAACCACAGGUCAUCGCUCACGCCCCGCCCAACGGAGAAGACGCCAAUCAGGAGUCUCUCACAGCACACGCCCACCCGUCUGGCCACGCCCCUUACCUGCUACCCUGGCUCUCUCUGAUGCUGCUGUUACCAUGGAUAUAACCACGCUCAGACAUGUACGACCAAACGUUCUAAUGACACUCUAUUGACUUUCCGCUCACUUGUUUUAAUAAAUGUCUCUGUACCGUACCGACCAGGAGCUGCAUGUUUCAGCUGCGUGUUUAGAGCAGCAGCUUUGAAGUCUGCUAGAAACCUAUCUUUUUUUAAUGUAUGGUUCCAAACACAACGCUCUCUCCCAUAUUUUUAUGUACUGUACAUAACACGUACACUCUCCUCGUUCCUCUCUUUGUCUUUGAGAGACUAUCUCAUUCCAUACACCCCUCGC